GAGACGGUUGGUGAGGCGGCUCCGGCGGUCUGUGGCGCCAGAAUUCGGAGUUUGGCCGAUGAACACCGAAAGUGUCGUUGCCGCCGCUUGAUUUGGGGGCCGCUGCUUCGAACCAGCCAUGGUGAUGCUCCGGAGCGGCUGGGGCGGCUCGAGCCGCCCCGGUGCGGGAGACGAGAACGAUGGCGCCGCCGCCGCCGCCACCCCCACCACCAACGCGAGCCGCCGCCGCCGGCAGGUCGGGCCAUCGGGGUCCUUCUACGAAGCCAUGGAGACGAGCUCCGUCUUCCUCAGCCUGGACUCGCCGAGCCCCUCCUCGGCUCGGAGCAAGCGAAGGAACCGGUCCGGGGCGCCUCGCGGCGGGCCUCGAGCCUCCGAGGACUUUGCUUCUGACAAAGAAUGUGAACAUUUUACAAGGCAUUCUGUAAGAGCUGUGCAGAAAAAUAAUCAGCAUUACUCAGAUUCAAGUUUUGGAAAAAGCAUGGCAAUGCUAAGUGAGAAUGGUAUUAACAGAAAACAUUUUACAAGGCAACUUGCUAGACUGCAAGCAGAUAAUAAAAAGAAUGAAGCCUGUGAAGAAGGUUCUGUGAUUCCUGUGUCAAAGUCACUCAGACCAAGAGUAAAUGCUGCGCCUAGUAAUGGUGUAGAAGAAAAUGGAGAUGUUGAAGUCCGCCGCAGUUGCAGAAUUAGACGAAGUCGUUACAGCACUAUGAAUCAAUCAGUACUGUUUGACAAGCUUAUUACAAACACUGCAGAAGCUGUAUUACAAAAAAUGGAUGACAUGAAAAAGAUGCGCCGGAGACGAAUGAUGGAUUUGGAAGACCUUGGAGUGUUCAAUGAUGCUGAAGCGGAAAACCUUGAUGUAUACUCAUGCGGGAAAACAAAAAGAGGGAUUCAGAGGAUUGAUGAAGAGACCACAGAUAACCAGGAUGGGAGUGCAGAGUCUUCAGAAGGAGAAGACCAAGAAGAUGAAGAUGGGGAAGACAAUCGCAAGCGCUAUGACCUCAGAAAGCGAAAAACUGUAGUGCGCUAUCAAGCCUCACCAGAAAAGCCCAGGCACCAGAGGAAGCCCAAAUUAUUUUAUCCUGAUGCUGACUCUGCUGUAAGGCGAAGGUUUCCCUUCAGCCCUGCGGGACCAAGGAGCCCUUUUUGCAAAAAGAUGAACAGACGGAAGCAUGCAAUUCAUAACACUGAUUCUACAUCAUCCUCAUCAUCUGAUGACGAACAACAUUUUGAAAGGCGUAGGAAACGAAGUCUGAACAAAGCAUUAAGCAGGUGCCUUCCUCUGAACCUCAGAAAAGAUGACUUGAAAGGAAUCCAUAAGGAUCGUAUGAAAAUUGGAGCAAGCCUGGCUGAUGUUGAUCCAAUGCAAAUUGACUGUUCAGUACGAUUUGACAGUGUGGGUGGACUCUCCAGCCAUAUUUCCGCUUUAAAGGAAAUGGUGGUUUUUCCACUGCUUUACCCAGAAGUGUUUGAGAGGUUCAAAAUUCAGCCUCCAAGGGGUUGCCUUUUCUAUGGUCCACCAGGUACUGGAAAAACUCUUGUUGCCAGGGCCCUUGCAAAUGAGUGCACUCAAGGUGACAGACGAAUAGCAUUUUUUAUGAGGAAAGGUGCCGAUUGCCUCAGUAAAUGGGUGGGAGAAUCUGAGCGGCAGCUUCGCCUAUUGUUUGAUCAGGCCUAUCAGAUGCGCCCUUCAAUUAUAUUCUUUGAUGAGAUAGAUGGUCUUGCUCCUGUACGGUCCAGUAGGCAAGAUCAAAUCCACAGUUCUAUUGUAUCCACACUGCUCGCAUUGAUGGAUGGCUUAGACAGCAGAGGUGAGAUUGUGGUGAUUGGAGCUACCAAUAGACUGGAUGCUAUAGAUCCUGCUUUACGGAGGCCUGGGCGUUUUGACAGAGAAUUUCUUUUCACGUUGCCGGAUAAAGAUGCAAGAAGAGAGAUCCUCAAAAUUCACACACGAGAGUGGUCCCCUAAGCCAUCAGAGAUGUUCCUCGAAGAGUUAGCUGAAAAGUGUGUUGGAUAUUGUGGAGCUGACAUCAAGUCCAUAUGCACUGAAGCUGCUUUGUGUGCCUUGCGUCGACGUUAUCCUCAGAUUUAUACCAGCAGUGCAAAAUUACAGUUGGAUAUUUCUUCUAUUAACAUAACAGCUAAAGAUUUUGUAGUGGCUAUGCAAAAAACCACACCUGCUUCUCAGAGGGCAGUAUCCUCACCUGGCCAAGCACUCUCUACCAUUACAAAACCACUGCUUGAAAACACACUUCGGAGAAUCCUGGAAACGCUGAGGAAAGUGUUUCCACAUGCAGAGCUUGCGCAAAAGAGCAGGGGAAAGCCAGAUUUUCCAAAUGAUGUGUUGGAUAAUGACAUGCUGUACAGUGAUGAAGAGGGACCAUUUGUGUUUGAAGCUGAACAUUGCCAGAAAAUGUCAGAUAAGCAGAAAGAAAAUACUCUUAAUUUUAACAGAAGUGCUUAUCACCAGCCUACAACAUACCGACCAAGACUUUUGAUAGCAGGUGAAGCUGGGUUUGGGCAGGCCUCUCACUUGGCACCAGCAGUUAUACAUGCUUUGGAAAAAUUCACAGUGUAUACAUUGGACCUUUCUGUUCUCUUUGGAGUUGGUGCUGAAACACCAGAAGAAAAAUGUACCCAGUUGAUCAGCGAGGCCAAGAGGACAGCACCCAGUAUAAUAUACGUUCCUAAUGUUCACUUAUGGUGGGAGACGGUUGGGCACGCACUGCAAGCUACAUUUACUACACUGCUGCAGAACAUUCCAUCCUUUGCUCCAGUUUUGCUGCUGGCAACAUCAGAUGUGUAUCAUGCAGAUUUGCCAGAAGAGGUACAAGUAUUAUUUGCUCCUGAUUAUGGAGAAAUUUUUAAUGUCUGCUUGCCUACCACUGAAGAAAGAAAAAAAUUCUUUGAAGAUCUCAUUCUCCACCAAGCUGCUAAAACUCCCGCAUCAAAAAAGAAAGCAGUGUUGCAGGCUUUGGAAGUAUUACCAGUAGCACCAUCCCCUGAACUGCAGCAGCUGACAGAGGCGGAGGUCAAACGGCUUGAGGAGCAAGAAGAAGACACUCUACGAGAACUUCGAAUUUUCUUAAGAAAUGUUACUCACAGGCUUGCCAUUGACAAGCGCUUCAGAGUCUUUACAAAACCAGUUGAUUUGCUUGAGGUGCCAGACUAUGUCACAGUUAUCAAGCAGCCAAUGGAUCUUUCAGCAAUUAUUUCUAAAAUUGAUCUUCACCAGUAUCUGACUGCAAAAGACUAUCUGAAAGAUAUUGAUCUGAUCUGUAGCAAUGCACUGGAGUAUAAUCCAGACCGAGACCCUGGAGAUCGUCUCAUCAGACAUCGAGCUUGUUCACUCAAAGACACAGCAUAUGCGAUAGUUAAAGAGGAAAUGGAUGAAGACUUUGAACAACUUUGUGAAGAAAUUCAAGAAUAUCGUAAAAAAAGAGGUUGCAGCUCUGCAAAAUAUGCUCCAUCUUACUACUAUGUAAUGCCAAAGCAGAAUGCCACUUUGGAGAACAAGAAAUUGGAUUCUGAAUAUGGUGAGAAACUGAAAAGCCCUUCAAUACCUGUGGAAUCUGGCUCUCCUUCCUUUUCUAAUGCCUUAUCUAAGAGAAAACUCAGAAGAAAGAGCAGGUGGUGCUUGGGUAAUCUGGCAAAGCGAAAAAAGAUUUCUCAUUUCAACAAAGAGAAUAAAGCUCCAGGAGAAGAGCAAGAUGAGCCAGACAGUGAUGUAGAGGAUUGUCUAGAAAAUGAUUCCAGCAUGGAGCAAAGUGAAAUAAUUCAGACUUCACUGGAAGAAGUUGAUAUGGUACUUCCUGAGCAGCAAACCAGCAGCUGUGAAAGUAAAUCUGAUGCAGGAAAUGAGAGUGAGCAGGCCUCUGGUAAUACUGCUAAGUCUAGAUUUGAGGAGGGCGACAAAGAUACUGAAUGUUCGAAAAAGAACAAAAGAUGUAAUGGGGAUCCAAUAGAACAUUCAUCGGACAAGGAUACUAAUGAUACAUGUGUGCUUCGCAUGACUCGUGCUAGGCGCUCUCAGGUGGAACAGCAGCAUCUCAUUAGUGUUGAGAAAGCAAUGGAGAUUCUUUCAGAGCAGACACCGCCACUUAUUGUGGACUAUGAAAAGCUCAAUGCAUUACUGCAAAUGGUUGUUGAGAAAAGUGAAAACUACACUCUGUUUCAGUUGGAAAAACUGUAUGCCUUGCUCAGCCAGUGUAUCUAUCAACAUCGCUGUGACUAUGAUAAAACCAAAUUGAUCCAGGCAAUGGAAAGAGAAAUUACGGUCUUCAAUUAAUUCCAUCAAUGAAGUCCUCUGAUUUGAAGUAUUCUUGACAAUUAAAUUGUAUUCUUGGCAAUUUGUAUUCUCGACAAUUAAUUUGUAUUCUUGACAAUUAAUUUGUAUUCUCGACAAUUUGAGACUCUUCCAGUGUCCUGUAAUGUUCUUAAUUCUAAUCAAGCUGGCUGCAGAAGCUAUAGUUUGUGACAAAUUGGUCAAGUUGCAAAAAGAUGGCAAAUGGUCCAGACAGCGUACCUGGCAAUCCCUGUACAGCUUGUGUGAGUGUCUUUACAAUUGAAAAGUAUGCUAAUUUAUCAUAAUGUACUAUUUUCUUAUGUCUAAUCAUGUAUAUAUGUUGAAUAUCUAUUUUUAAGAAGCCAGUUGGCAUCUUAACAUUUCACAUGUUUUCUGACAGUGAUCUUUCUGGUAUUCUGAUUUCUCAAGCUUUCAUUACCAUCUGUUUUUAUUGGUGCACUAAUUCCUGUGUCAAUAUCACUCUCAUGUUAAUGCUCUAAAUAUUGCAUAAUAUAUAAAUGUUAAUAAACAAAGUUUAUAUA